AUGAAAUCUCAAUUCGAAGUAUACCUCAGACUGAAGCCUUCCAACAAAAGCUAAUCCUAAAAUGCGAUGCAAUACUAAAUAUAUCAAAAUAAGAAAUUACAAGUAUUAUUGCCUAAACAUGUUAAAUUCGGGUUGAUUAACAACAGCAGAGACAAUUUGGAUUUCAAUUUUACUCAUGUUUUCGAUCAAAAAUCAAGUUAAGAACACGUUUUUACAAAUGUCACUACUCCUGUAAUCAAUAGUUUUUUGGAUGGCUAUAAUGCUACUAUUUUUGCAUAUGGCUAAACAGGAUCAGGCAAGACUUAUACAAUGAGUGGAGCUGAAACAUGGUAGUUGAGAGGUAUUAUACCUAGAACACUCUCUUAUAUUUUUGAUGAAAUCGAUAAAAGAAAUAAAUUUGAAUAUAAAAUCUAUAUUUCAUUCAUGGAGAUAUACAAUGAAAAUGCUUAUGAUUUAUUAGAGAAAAAACAUUUAGAAACUCCCCUAGAAUAAUGGAAUAAAAUAGCAUUAUAUGAAGAUGAUUAGAACAAUAUUCAUUUAAAAAACUUAUCAAUUCAUUAAUGUAAUAAUGAACAAGAAGGAAUCGAUUUGCUAAUGAUGGGAAAUUUUAUUAGAUAAGUCAGUUCUACUCCUAUGAAUUAAUCAAGUUCCAGAUCUCACUGUAUUUUUACAGUAACUCUUGAAGGAUAUGAUACCACAAGUGAGACUUGCUUUGUUAGCAAAUUACAUUUAGUUGAUUUAGCAGGAUCAGAAAGAAUUAGUAAAUCUUAAGUAGAGGGUAAUUUAUUGAACGAAGCAAAAUACAUCAAUUUAUCUUUAACUUACUUAGAAUAAGUUAUUAUAGCUUUAAAUGAAAGAAUGAAGGGAGCCAAUAGAUAACAUAUCCCAUAUAGAAACUCUCUGAUGACCACAUUGCUAAAAGAUUCUCUGGGAGGUAAUUGCAAAACUGUGAUGAUUGCUACAAUUAGUUCUGAGAAUGAUAACAUCGAAGAAUCAUUAUCCACUUUACGAUUUAGUCAAAGAGUGGGACAACUAGAAAAUGAGAUAAGGCGAAAUGAAAAAGUAGAUUUGGAAGCUGUUGUAAAACGACUAGAGCAAGAAAAACUCGUUCUCAUAAGGGAAUUAGAGUAAUAUUAAAGAGGAGGGGCAUCCACUUCAAGCAAUAAAAAGAUUUAAUCACAAUAAUAAAAUCUAUUACCAUAAUCAAAUGGAACACCUAUUAGUUAAAAAGAUAUUUAAGAAAAAGUUGAACUUUAUCUUAAUGAAAGGAUUCCAAUGUUGGAUGUAAAGAGCAUAGAGGAAACACAAAAGUGCUUUGAAGCAAUGAAGGAUCUCUAUAAUACAAGAAUGAAGGAGUAUGUUACAGAACUGACAUUCAUCUCUGAAAAGUUACAAAAAUAUGAUGAAAUACUAACAAGAAAGAAAGAACAGAGUUCCUUCCUUGAAUAAAAAGAGAAUAGUUCUCCUGAAGCUGAAAUUUAUAGAAGAAACGAGUCUCCACAAAUAACAUUUAAAAAAAGGGCAAAUUAGUGA